CUCAAACCGACGCUCCUCUCUCUCUCUCUUCUUGUUUCUCAACGCUGCGAGAGACGUGGGAGGGAGAGAUUUUCUCCAUUGCAUCAAGAUUUGCCGGUGAAGAAGCUUCAUUUCUCGUUGUGGGGAGUCUUGGGACGGUGGGAAGCUUGGAGAAAGAGGGUUUUUUGGUUUUUAACACCAAGAAGGUAAGAAAUAACUCAUUUUUGCCGUUGAAUCGUUCAUUUCUCUUAUUUCCUACAUUUAUUUGUAUGUUUUUACUUGUUUUGUGAAGAUAUAAUGUCAGAUCCUGCAUGGCAGUGGUGUACAAGGGUGAAUCCCAAAGAUAGAUUAAGAGUUAAGUGCAAUUAUUGUAAGCAAAUCAUAUCAGGAGGGAUUUCUCGCUUUAAACACCAUAUAGCUGGUACACACAGCGAUGUGGCUGCUUGCAAUGGCUCCCAAGUGAUCCCAUUGCCAGCGUAUGUAAAGCACCAGUGUCAGCAGCUUCUUGAUGCAGUGAAAGCAAGUAGGAUUGAAAAGGACAUGGAAGAUGCGGAGGAAGGAUAUGGGGACCCACAUGAAGGAGAAGAAAGUGAAGGUGAAGAUGUUCAACUUGAACAAGAAAAUGUUGGUGUCAGUUUGGGAACAACUAAAGGGAAAGGCAUCAUGCAUGGAGGUGGUUCUUCUGCAACUGCAACCAGAAAAAGAAGAGGUGCAAGUAUAAGUUCAGUUUCACGAGGACGUGGCAGAAGUCAGGGUCGUACUGGUGGUGGUAGAGUACCUACUAUGAAGUCGUGCAAUAUGUCUGGUUCGAUCAAGAAUUUUUUUCCCAAUUAUACUGCUACUGGUGCUCAGCCUGAGAUUCGUAUAGCCAUGCAAUCAAAGGAUAUUAUUGAAGCAGCAGAUGAAACCAUAGGAAGGUGGUUCUAUGAUGCAUCCAUUCCCUUCAAUGCAGCAAACUCUUAUCAUUAUCAGCCUAUAGCAUAUGCGAUUGCUUGUGUAGGGCGAGGGUAUAAAAUGCCCUCUUUUCAUAAAUUGCGAGGUAAAAUUCUCAACAAUAUAGUUAGAGAUGUGAAGACAUAUUGUGAUGAACUAAAAUUGAGUUGGAAAGCUACAGGAUGCAGUGUAAUGGCAGAUGGGUGGACAGACAUCAAGAACAGAACAUUGGUAAACUUCCUUGUAUAUUGCCCUCUUGGUACUAUGUUCUUAAAAUCUGUUGAUUCGUCUGAUACUCCGAAGACUGCUGAUGUGUUGUUUGAGAUUUUUGAUAAAGUUAUAGAAGAAGUUGGGCCUGAAAAUGUCGUACAAUUUAUCACUGAUAAUGCAGCAAAUUAUAAAGCUGCAGAUGAAAUGUUAGCAGCACGAUAUGGGACAUUUUAUUGGAGUCCAUGUGCUGCUCACUGUGUAAAUCUUAUGCUUCAGGAUCUUGGUGAAAGGGAUGAUAUGAAGUUGACAGUUCACAGAUGCCAAGAAAUCACGAAGUUUAUUUACAAUCAUGCUUAUGUCUUGAAUUUGAUGAGGAAAUUCACAAAUGGGGUUGAAUUGAUUCGACCUGCACAAACACGGUUUGCUACAAAUGUUUUGACUGUGCAGGGUAUAGUCAAGCAAAGAUCUUCUCUCAGGCAGAUGUUUUCAAGUGAUGAUUGGGCUGCAUAUCCACAUGCCUAUAAAAGAAAGGCUACGACAGUUGUGGAUACCAUCUUCGAUGUUGACUUUUGGGAAUCAUGUGUGCACUUAUUGAAGAUUUGUGUACCUCUAGUGAAAGUCCUCAGAUUAGUUGAUAGUGAAGAUAGACCUUCUAUUGGAUAUUUAUACGAGUCUAUGGAUAGAGCCAAGGAGGCCAUUAGAGAUAAUAUGAAGGGAAAAAAGAAGUUGUACAUGCCUAUAUGGAAGAUUAUAGAUGAAAGGUGGUCUGGACAACUUCAUCGCCUACUUCAUGCAGCAGCCUACUACCUAAAUCCUGCUAUUAGAUAUCUUCCCACUUUUAAGAAGGACAGAGAGGUCGAGUAUGGCAUGUUGGAUUGCAUUGAUGUAUUAGUAAGUGAUAGUAAAGAACAAGACGCUAUCCAUAUGUCGAUCAACAAAUAUGAUACAGCUUCUGGUACCAUGGCGAGAGACACAGCAGUUCGAUGCAGGACAACUAUGCGUCCAGAUUUGUGGUGGGAAAGGUUUGGGCCUGAUUGCCCAGAAUUAAGGAAGCUUGCAAUUAGAAUCCUCAGUCAAACAUGUAGUGCAACUGGAUGUGAAAGAAAUUGGAGUGUAUUUCAGCACAUCCAUAGUAAGAAGAGGAAUAGGCUGGAACAUAAAAGGUUGAAUGACCUUGUUUACGUUCGUUAUAAUAUGAAGUUGAGACAAAGGCAACUAGAAACAACAUCUACGAGGAAGCAUCACAAUCAAUAUGAUCCUAUCUUCAUUGACCAUUUUGAUAUAUUAGAUUCUUGGGUUGAAGAAGAACCAGCUGCAAUACUUGAUGAGGACGAUCUUGAUUUUUUGAAUGUUGAAGGAGCAGCAGAGAUUGUUGAAGAAGGAGAGGCUGGGGGGGAGCAAUGGAAUGUUGGUGACAUUCCAUUUGCAACAGAGGGGUUAGAAGAAGAAGUUAAUGAAGAAAAUGAAGAUGAUGAUGAAGAAUGAAGAUGAUGAUGCAAAUGACGAUUGACGAUGCUUUUUGUUUUGAGUUUUGAAAACUAUGUCAAUAUGUUCUGAGUUUUGACUUCUGAACUUAUGAAUUGUGAUGUAAUUGAAUACUCUUAGGUUGUUUAGUAUGUUAUUUUGUUUUUUGAAUGUUUGAUUUCUUAUUUUGGAAUGUCUUGUUCAUAUGCAUAGCUCACAGGUCAUACUUCAUAUACAUGAAUGAUGAAUGUUCCUUUAAAUACAUUU